UGGGCAUCGCUGCUGGACCGAAGGCGGGCAGUGCGUUACUUUUUCAUCUUGCGGAUGAGUUCGAGUGGGUGGGAUUACCACACAGUCACGCCUACUACCCUCUACAUACCGACCAAUUAAACUAGAUGAAAGCAGCUCCGGUUUCCAAUUAAGACUAGCGCGGGGGCGCGCGCGCGGGCACGUCUGUGGGACUGCACGCCGCUUUGAGAGCCAGAAAGAAAAGGCGAACUCGAGGAACGUGCACGUGAGCAAACAGCGCGCACAUGCAUUUAUAUCUGCAUCGGUACGAUUUAUGAAGUACAGUAAUCUGCAGCAUUGGGGACGGAAAUGCUGCAUUGAUUCGAAACACCGGCUCUUAGCGGGUGCAUGUGCCAAGAGAGAGAGAGAGAGGAAGAGAGAGAGAUAGAGAGAAAACGCCGCAUCUGAAAUGAAAUGAGGAACGAAUUGGAGCAGAGAGACAACAUGAAGAAGAAAUGCGCCAUCGCGAAGAUCUUCAAAGUUCGUAAGAGGCGGGAGCUGCUGUGCGCGCAGGCGGGUUUGCUGUGCAGCCUUCUGCUGGGGGUUUGGGCCAUGUCGGAGCUCCUCACCCAGGCAGGUCACGGCAUGAUCGUAGACGGAGGGAUAAACGUUGACGCCCACUGGAGCAGGAAACUGAUGGCUUUGGCGCAAAACAACGAGACUCUGGAGAAGAACUGUACUGAGCCAGCCAUACACGAAUUUCCUGAUGACUUUUUCACGAAUUCUGAGCGGAAAAGUGGAGCAGUGCUACUGCAUAUCCUAGCGGCUCUGUAUAUGUUCCUGGCACUGGCGAUUGUGUGUGAUGACUACUUUGUGACCUCUCUGGAGAAGAUAUGUGAGAAGCUGGAUCUUAGUGAGGAUGUAGCAGGAGCCACCUUCAUGGCUGCAGGAAGCUCAGCUCCUGAACUCUUUGCCUCCGUUAUAGGUGUGUUCAUUACUCACGGGGAUGUUGGAGUAGGAACCAUCGUUGGCUCUGCGGUCUUUAACAUCCUCUGCAUUAUUGGAGUGUGUGGGAUUUUUGCUGGACAGGUGGUGCUGUUGACAUGGUGGGCCGUGUUCCGGGACUCACUCUACUACAUCCUGUCUGUUGUGGCACUGAUUGCAUUCAUCUAUGACGAGAAGAUCGUAUGGUGGGAAAGCUUGGUGUUGGUGGUCAUGUAUACAGGAUACAUUCUGAUCAUGAAAUUUAACUCCACCAUGCAGACUUUUUUCACUGGAAAAGGCAACAAGAAUGUUGCUAACGGGAAUGCAGCAAGCGGAAACGAGCUGGAGGACGGUAAUGAUUGUUGUGCUUCUGUCUCAGAUGACCCUUCAUUACCUUUGCUGUGUUCAGUCAAACCUAGUAAGACCUACACUCGAGGCUCAGUGGUCAUGGUAGACGAGAUCAUCAAUGCCAGUCCUCCGAAUUAUCGUUUUCCUGAGGCUGGGCUUCGUGUCAUGGUCACCAACCACUUCGGACCCAAAACUCGCCUGCGCAUGGCCAGCCGUCUCAUUAUUACAGAGAGGCAGAAGCUGGUACAAGGAGCCAAUGGCGUUGAGGUGGCAGUGGUGGAUGGAAAGAACGACAUCGAGAACGGGAACGUGCCCGAGGACAAGCCGAGCGAGGAGGACGAUGGAGACCUGACCUCACCGUUCUCUAUACCAAAGGGCUGCAUGAACAAGACCAAAUGGCUGAUCUCAUGGCCUCUGCUGCUUCUGCUCUUCUUCACCAUCCCAAACUGCUCCAGACCUCGCUGGGAGAAAUACUUCAUGCUGUCCUUCAUCCUCUCGACGGUCUGGAUUGCAGUCUUCUCCUACUUUAUGGUGUGGAUGGUGACCAUCAUCGGGUACACGCUCGGAAUUCCCGAUGUUAUUAUGGGCAUCACGUUCCUGGCAGCCGGCACUAGCGUCCCAGAUUGCAUCGCCAGCCUGAUUGUUGCUCGCCAAGGUCUGGGUGACAUGGCUGUGUCUAACAGUAUCGGCAGUAACGUCUUUGACAUCCUGGUGGGACUCGGAUUGCCGUGGGCUCUGCAGACGAUGGCCAUCAGCUACGGCUCAGUGGUGAUGAUAAACAGUCGAGGGUUACUGUACUCAGUCGUGCUGCUGCUCGGCUCUGUUGCUCUCACUAUCCUGGGAAUCCACAUCAACAAGUGGAAGCUGGACUUCAAGCUGGGUGUGUACGUGCUGAUCCUGUAUGCCGUCUUCCUCUGCUUCUCCAUCAUGAUCGAGUACAAUGUGUUCACCUUCGUCAACCUGCCCAUGUGUCAGGAGGACCAUUAAAAUCCACGCAGUCUCCUCCACAUCAGCUAACGUUCACCUUCAUCUUGUUGUUCCCUCUUUAUUUUCCUUUCCCAACCCUCACCCAAACACACACACACACACUUUCUCUUUCUCACUCUCAGUUCUUUUACUAGCCUCUGGUCUUCCACUGUAGUAUCAAAACCACCAUUACCUCAAAGUGGGCUGGGAUGUCGUUCUUUAACUUACAGUAAAUUCUAGACGUUCUUUCAAUGACAGCAGUCCACAAAGCGUGUGUUUGAUGUUUCUCUGGUGACCAGGAGCUUGUCUCACCAUAGCAGGUCAAUCAAACCUCAACACAAGCCCUCAGUCAUGAAAAACAAAAAGUUCUCUCCAUGACCCAAGAAGAGGAUCUUCUUGUUGGCAGCUGUUUUAUUCUUUAAAAUGAAAAAAAGAAAAGACCUCUUCUAUGUUAGAGUAGAUCUGUCAAAUACGGCUUGUGUUGGCUUUGCCCUACAUAAACACCUCACUUUAUUUAUUUAUUUAUUUAUUUAUUUAUUUAUUUAUUUAUUUUUUAAAUCUACAUUGCUUUUUCAUGUUUUUUUGGGUUAUUUAUUGACACUAUUUAAUUAAUUUAUUUUUUAAGAAACUCUUCACUCAGUGGACUGUGGCAUUGACAAAUGUGCAUGUUUUUCUAUUUUGCAGUGCAAUGGGAAAAUUAUUUACUUCCAAACAGUCUUGUCGAACUUUUUGUAAUAAGAAUGCAAAAUGAGAGAGAGAGAGAGAAUGAGAGAAAGAAAGGGAACUGCAGGGAUCUUAGUAGAAGUGUCCUCUCGUCUAACAGAUUUUUAUUUUUUUUGUCCCAGUCUGAAGAAAUUUCUAGAAUGUCAUCUUGUGAAAUCUGUACGUAAUCGAUGUGAGUAAACGUGUUGUUUUGAGCAGGAAGUGGAGGAUCGUAGGUUGGAUCUUGACCCUUAUUUUCUCUCCUAGCUGGUUAAUGGUGGAUGAUUGCAUUCUUUUUAAACAACUUUCCAUGUAGAUACAUGCACUUUAAAACAAGCAUCCAAGCAAGUCUUCUCUCCUCAGUCUACCAUGCUUCCUUCUGUGUGAGUGUAAAAAAAAAUAAUAAAAAAAAAAUACUAGAGCGAUUAUAGGAGGAUUUUAGGGAAGGUGAGAUCCCCCUGAACCACCUUGACUCCUUCAGCACAGCUGCCGAAAGGAAAGCACAUCCCAUCUCCAUCCGCAGUGCAUGAUGGGAACACAAACCAGCAGCAGUGAACAAAAACUGAUUAUUUUUUCUCCUCACGCAUACUGAAAACGCUGCUUUUGAAAGGCAUGUCUAAUUUUUGUGUGAGGUUUGCUGCUACAAUAUGCAAUCUCGACAUGAGCAUCGCUUUCACGUCUUAGCAUGAAGGACAAACAUGAACCUCUUUUCAUCAGGAUGCUCCAUUCAGUAGAUAUUUAGGGAUGAGAAGAAUGUUAUAGAUAG